AUGGCUCAUCCAGGUCGAGGAACCGAGGGGACUCUGGACCUGCAUGCAUGCCUCACACGAGUUUGCCUAUCCCAGAUCCCUGACGGGUCAGGAUGUCCUCUUGCCCAAGCUGGGGGAUUCACAAGUGUCUUCUCGCCUUCAGGUCCUGAGCACUGGCACCAGGACUUUCCCAUUGCCAGUGGAGAGCGCCAGUCCCCAGUCGACAUUAACACCAGUGCAGUCAAGUAUGACUCUGCCCUGAAGACCCUGUGCCUUAGCUAUGACCAACCGAUUUCUCAAAGGAUCAUCAACAACGGCCACUCUUUCAAUGUGGAGUUUGAUGACCCCCAGAACAAAGCAGAGCUGAAAGAUGGACCCCUGGAUGGCACAUACCGAUUGGUUCAGUUUCACUUUCAUUGGGGCUCAUCUGAUGGGCAUGGUUCGGAGCAUACUGUGAAUAAACUGAAAUAUGCUGCAGAGCUGCACUUGGUGCACUGGAAUACCAAAUAUGGGGAUUUUGGAAAAGCUGCGCAGCAACCCGAUGGACUGGCUGUUCUGGGUGUUUUCUUAAAGAUUGGUAGUGCUCACCCAGGCCUUCAGAAAGUUCUUGAUGUACUGGAUUCCAUUAAAACAAAGGGUAAGAGCACUGAAUUCAAAAACUUCAAUCCUCGUGUCCUCCUUCCUGAGAGCCUGGACUACUGGACUUACCCAGGCUCACUGACCACGCCUCCUCUUCUGGAAAGUGUGACCUGGAUUGUACUCAAGGAACCCAUAACUGUUAGCAGUGAGCAGAUGACAAAGUUCCGUAAACUUAAUUUCAGUGCAGAGCACGAGCCUGAAGAGCUGAUGGUGGACAACUGGCGCCCCACUCAGCCACUGAAGAACAGGCAAAUCAGAGCCUCCUUCAAAUAAUAUGGCCA